AUGAUGUCUGCCACGGAUUCUGGUGUCGAAUCGUCUCCAGUUCAAAACAUUACGGCGCAGUAUUCCAAAGUCAAGAGGGUGUAUCAACAAACUCUGGACCGCUGGACGCCGUAUAUGCUGAACAGAUGGCUUGUGACUGCAGGCUUGUUGGCUACGUUCUUUUUACGCAUUGUGCUGGCCCAGGGUUGGUAUAUCGAUGCCCUUGCUAUUUAUCUCUUGAACUUGCUGCUUGCGUUCUUGCAGCCGAAGUUUGACCCGUCUCUUCAGGAUGACCUCAUGGCAGACGAAGCUGAAGAAGGGGUGGAUGGAAAUGCGAGCCCCUUGCCGAGUCAACGAGAUGACGAAUUCAGACCUUUUGUACGGCGGUUACCUGAAUGGCAGUUUUGGCUUUCGUCCACUCGUGCAAUCGUCGUUGCCAUUUUCUGCACCACUUCCGAGGUCUUUGAUGUCCCUGUUUACUGGCCCAUCCUCGUCAUGUACUUCUUUGUCUUGUUUGCGCUGACUAUGCGGAGACAGAUACAACAUAUGAUCAAGUAUAAAUACGUUCCGUUCGAUAUCGGCCGUAAAACCAGAUACGGAAACCACCAUUAA